GUAAACAAUGAGCUCAUCUAUUCGGUCAUGCAAAGAGUUUAUGCAUAUGUUCACUAUAUUGUGGGGUUUGAGCAAGGGGAAGUGAGGACAUUCUAACUCGGAUCCCAUAUAGUUUUACGCUAUAUAUUUCAAAAUAAUUGUGAAACAUGCAAACUGAUAACGCUAAAUCAGGUGAUGGUAUGUGGUGCAAAUGGAAAUGUGAGUGAUUGUAUGGUGGUGACACAUGCAAACUAAAAACGAGAAGCAAUUUGGUUCAUUUUUUCGGGAAAUUAUCUGCUGAAAUCAUGGUGACUUGCGCACCUAUUGGAUGGUCAGGCUAUGCCAAUUUACUGCACUACAAGACUGUUGCUCCUUGCAAAAGUGAAGUAGGGAUGUACAAUACAAUUUACAAAAAUGUCUCUAGAAAGUUUUUACCGAAGGAUGUUUACGACAAUUCUCAACGGAAACUUGCCAAGAAAGUCCUCAAGAACCAGAAACGAAUGCAUGAAACGCAAAGACCGAAACCUGACUUGCGCCUCCGUCGUUAUGUUCAAAAUCCAUCUAAUGAUCCAACUUAUGCUGCAAGAUCUGACAAUGUAUUUCAUGAGAGACCCUUUUUCCCACCAAUUAGAAAAAACCUCCCCAUUACAUCAUACCUUCCUUAUUCUCCCAAAGAGGUGAGCACGAUUGUGAAGAGAUUGUCUACAUAUGAUAAAUACCGAGUCCCAGAAUCACGUGGAUACCCAAUACCUACACCAGAGCCUAGUUGGACAAAGGAAAUGAAAAAAUACAACGAAGAUGAUAUCCAAGAAGUCGUGAAUCGUUUGUCGCAUUAUGAUCCAGAAUUCCAUCCGCCAGAGUCUCGUGGAUCUGUGAGAACACACCUGCAGUCACGUGGUACCACAGCUGCAACACAGGCACCCUCACGCGGUAAAAGUUCAAAAGAGAAGUCUGAGGUUGAUGGAAAACCAUUGAAUACAGCAGUUCAGAAUUGAUUUGGUUUCCUCUCUAAUUCAGUCUUCACUAUGUUAUCAUGUUGUGAUGUGGUGUACAAGCAUGACAAAUCAUUUUUGUUCAAAUAGCAAGCCCAAGAAACUCCGAAAGGCGUAACUCACAAAUCAAUGAGUUCUGCACCAGUGUUGUGAGUAAACUUAUCUGUAUACGCAUCUAAACAUAAAAAAAGCCAAGUGUUCAUUAAUAUGUGCAUAUUAUGGAGCACAUCGUUUACAGCAACUGGGAUAAUAUUUACCUCAACUUUACAGUCACGAUCUUGAAUCCGAAAUCUUCCUGUACGUAGCUAAUCUCAUUCUGCAGAGAAUUACACCAUAAUGUUGUGUACCUAUCAUUCUAGCGCACAUUCUCCUGUUUAGAGUUGCCGUAUUGUUUCGUUUCGAAAUACGACAAACUAAGAGUUUGUUUCACUUCAUCAAGAUAACAACUUUUGACAGGUAAAGGUUAGUGCCAUACAGCUACGAAAUUGGAUGUCAUAUUAAAUUAUAAUUCAAAUUGGAAGACACAGGCGACCACGGCUAUCAGCCGACCUUCUCACUUUAUAAUCAUUCCGAGAGUGCAGGUACAAAAUGGAGAAUUUCUCGGUUUUUUAUGAUUUUAGUACGAAACAAAUUAAGAGCUUUAUGAACAUUUAGCAAAAUUUACUUUGCUCGGUCACAGUUACAGUGUGUCAAUGCUCGAGAUUUUAAAAACUAAUCCCCAUCUAUUCAAAGCUUGAACGUCAUGGGUUCCGCAUGAAGCACGUAUACAUGCAUGGAUAAAUGAAAUGUUUCUCUACUCUCUACUUCAGUCGCUGCCGAUAGAAAUCCUUGUGUUUUAGACAAACUGGUUGUAACAAUAGGGAAAUAGACGUGAGCAUAAUCGGUUUUCUGCUGAAUGAACCCCUGCACUUUGGGAUUUUAGUGACCAUUUUAUUUGUAGUCUUUUCAAGCAGAUUUAUUCGGAAAUUAAUUUCUUUGCAGUGUUUAUAGAUUUUUUUUUUUUUUUUUAUGUAUUUCAAACCCAUCCUUUCCUUUGUAUCAUUAAUGUUUUAAAUUUUUUAGCUGUCAACAAGGACACGCAGUUGGUAUUCACAACUUUGAUGCACAAUCAUAACGUUUCUAUUACUGUGAGCUACCAAACCACGGCAAAGCUAUUCUAAACAUUGCAUCUAAUAAAACCACGGCAAAGCUAUUCUAAACAUUGCAUCUAAUAAAAGUUUUGAAUAUGUACAA